GGAAGUAGAACAAGGGUGAACCGCCUGCUUGUAGCUGCUGCUACAGUUCACGGAACUAGCGACUCGUGAUAGCCUAGCGUUGAACCUGUAUAGGGAGCUUCUUCAUUUGCCAACUUAAGAGCUUUCAGACUUCAACGUCCAGGUUGAACAUCUUUUACUUAUUUUCUUGAGCUCAUCAUUAACUACUGUGAAGUCAGCAUCCGUUAUAGUUGAAUCUCUGUCUAAAUAAAGCAAACCCAAUGUGAAGGACUGACUUUUGGAUUGGGACUAGGAUUAGGCUAAGGACGACUUCUCCAGCUGUUUCUGAAAACAAGAAGUGAUCUCCACAGUUGCCUCCAUUCUGUGUCAGCAGUGCAGCUCAACCACUCACCAUGUCCGAUGGCCGGAUUUAUGUGGGGAAUCUUCCCAUGGAUGUCCAGGAAAGAGACAUUGAGGAUCUCUUCUACAAGUACGGAAAAAUUCGCGAUAUUGAAUUGAAGAACAAUAGAGGAACUAUUCCCUUUGCCUUCGUCCGCUUUGAAGACCCACGGGAUGCGGAUGACGCUGUCUAUGGAAGGAAUGGAUAUGGAUAUGGAGACUGCAAGCUCCGUGUGGAGUAUCCCCGAUCUGCUGGAAAUAAAUUUGGUCCAAAUGCAGGUGGUGGUGGAGGUGGAGGUGGAGGAGGACCAAGAGGAAGGUUUGGACCUGCAACUCGGAGAUCUGAAUUUCGCGUCGUAGUGACCGGUUUACCAGCAAGUGGAAGUUGGCAGGAUCUGAAGGAUCACAUGCGCGAGGCAGGAGAUGUUUGUUUUGCAGACGUACAGCGUGAUGGAGAAGGUGUAGUGGAGUUCCUCCGUCGAGAGGACAUGGAGUACGCUUUACGCAGACUGGAUCGGACCGAGUUCCGCUCGCACCAAGGAGAGACCGCCUACAUCCGUGUCUUCGAGGAGAGGGGCACUCCCAACUGGGGGCGCUCACGUUCCCGCUCCAGAUCCAGGGGCCGUUAUUCACCCCCCUACCACAACAGAGGAUCUCCCCCUCCUCCUCCUCGCUACCAGUCUCCUCCACGCCAUCCCAUGUCACGCCAUAGUCCUCCCAGGAGGCACCCAUCGCAGCACAGCCCGCCCCCACGCCAUUAUCGAUAGAAAGGAAGGGAAGAGAGGUUUUGUAAUUAUCCAUGUUCUCUUUUCUCAGUGAUUUUUUUUUUUUAAAUCCCGAUUCUUAGUAGGAAACGUCUGUUCUUAUUCCACACAUUCCGCUGUAAGGACCCGAUGAAUCCCGCGCUCCGUCUUCUGUUUUUAAACAUCCAUAUAUCUGUUCACGUAACUGGGUUUUUUUUUCUUCUAAUCCUUCACGAAGAAAUAAAUCCAUCAGCCGUUUGUGUAACGUUGGAAAUCUGGCUGAAAUUGACAGUUGUGCAGAAUCUUUUUUUGAAACUAAAUUUUAUUUUUAUUUUUAUUUUUUUGCCAAACCAAGAACAUGUGAAUUGAAUGACUUCAAACCUGUCAUCUUCUUGAGUCUUUUAAGAUUCGUGUCAUCUUGACUCUGAGCCUCACUUGUCUUUCUUGAUUUUUUAUUUUUUUUUAAAUUAUAUGUGAACUUUAAACUGAGGUGACCUUCAGACAAAGUAGUUUUUUUUUUCUUUACCAAUAAAAUGCAAACUUUUACUGUGA